UCCCUUAAUUAAUAAUUAUUUUAUUUUUUCAACUACCCAUGCGCCACCGCUGCGCGUAAGAGCGGCGCAUGCCUCUUACGCAAAAACAUAAAAGCGGUCCAAAGCGACGGCGAAGGCCCAAUCCUCUUCACAAAUCGACCUAUUUUCAGUUUCAAUCCGUCAUUACCGAGCUCUUCGAUUCAAGCUUAUGAUUCUCUCAUCUCGCCUGCAACGCACAAAACCUGCAAGUACAGCUAAGCCCCAAUCAACAUCUGGUGGAACAGAAGAGUAGGUGAUUGUUGUUUAAAUAGAGAGGGAAGUUUGCUUGAGCUAAUUUGAAUUAUAUUUACUGUGGAAUGGACAAUGACGAUGAUUUCACCUUUUGCCAGGUUGGUGUUACUGCCCAAGAUGGUGUUGAGGCGAAGAAGCUUGCUUCGGAUAUUGAUGGUGUGGUUAUAAAAGAUGAGUCCUCAACUGGCACCAAUGGAAGACAAAGUACUGGUAUCACUUGGAAAGAUAGCUUGCCAAUUGAUGCUUCUUCCAAGAAGGAGGAAACUGUUGGUUCUUUGUCUUUCAAUGUUAUUGAUGGGGCAUCUUUAAAAAAAUCUAGUGAUGUGUCCAGACAAGUAGCAUCUUUAGAUGUUGGAACUUCAGUUACAAAUUCAAAAGGACAAAAACCUUCUGCCAGGAAGCCUGCCGCUCGAGCCAAGGUUCCCUUUGAAAAGGGGUAUAGCCAAAUGGAUUGGCUUAAGCUCACUCGAACUCAUCCUGAUCUUGCUGGACUGAAGGGACAGUCUAAUAAGAGGCUUAUUUCUAUGAAUGAAGUUAAACAACAUCAAAGUGAAGGUUCCAUGUGGACUGUUCUAAAAGGCCAUGUCUAUAAUUUGUCUCCAUACAUGAAGUUUCAUCCUGGAGGUGUUGAUAUGCUAAUGAAGGCUGUGGGCAAAGAUUGUACUUCUUUAUUCAACAAAUAUCAUGCUUGGGUGAACGCGGAAUUUUUAAUGGAGAAGUGUCUGGUGGGUACUUUGGAUGAGAGCCAGUGAAGCCAAUAAAUUCAUUGUUCACAUUUUUCAUACCAAGCAGACUGGCCUCCAUCAUUCACCUUUUUAUCUUGUAUAAGGUUUUCUCGGUGAUAUAUUAUUCUUUUUCUUUUCCCCUUGUUUUGAGUUGGGGGCCAAUAACAUCAUUAGAUCUGGCAAUUGUCAUUUCUUUAUGUAUUUACUUUGUCCAAGAUAUUAUGGACACAGUUCAGUAUUUCAAAAUAAACUGAUGUAUGACAUGAGAAAUUGCCAAUA